CAGCGGAGGAGGGAUGCUUAGGGUAGCGGAGCCCCGAGAGCCACGGGUGGAGGCGGGUGGCCGCAGUCCUUGGGCAGCGCCACCCACGCAGUCCAAGCGGCUCACCUCCUUCCUCAUCCAGGACAUCCUGCGGGACCGCGCGGAGCGGCACGGGGGACACUCAGGCAAUCCGCAGCACUCGCCGGACCCUAGGAGGGACUCCGCUCCAGAGCCCGACAAAGCAGGGGGUCGCGGCGUGGCUCCGGAGGACCCACCAAGUAUCCGGCAUAGCCCCGCGGAGACACCGACUGAACCCGAGUCUGAUGCACAUUUUGAGACUUAUCUUUUGGACUGUGAACAUAAUCCAGGGGACUUAGCAAGUGCCCCCCAGGUCACCAAGCAGCCACAGAAGCGCUCCCGGGCCGCCUUCUCUCACACUCAGGUGAUUGAGUUGGAGAGGAAGUUCAGCCAUCAGAAGUACCUGUCUGCCCCUGAGAGGGCUCACCUGGCCAAGAACCUCAAACUCACCGAAACCCAAGUCAAAAUAUGGUUCCAGAACAGACGCUAUAAGACCAAGCGAAAGCAGCUGUCGGAAGACCUGGGAGUCUUGGAGAAGAACUCACCAUUGUCUUUGCCAGCCCUGAAAGAUGACAGCCUGCCCAGUACCUCCUUGGUCUCCGUGUAUACUAGCUAUCCCUACUACCCCUACCUGUACUGUCUGGGCAGCUGGCAUCCAUCUUUCUGGUAGCAACAGUUCUGCUGAUAACUGCAUAUAUCAGAAACUGUCUUCCCUGGGGGUCUCUGGGAAAAAGCCACAGUGGCUGAUGUCAAGGAGUCGGAAGCAAGAAAUGUACAGAUGCAAACUGUUGGGGGUUCCCAGGGAACACUCCAAUUCUUCUCUGGUGGGCAGGUGAAAGAUCUGGGGCAGUGACUAUUUGAAGAUGUAGUCCCAGUUCCAAGUGUCCUGUAGGUGACUGCUGCCCGCUCCCCUGUUUAGAGAGAGCCAGGCAAGUUUGAGUCUUGUUUCCAGAACUUAGAAUGGCUACAGAUGCAAUGGCUAUAUCGUUCCUAGGAAUUCUGUUGUGGCAACUCCAUCCUCUCCCAUGACUGAGUAUCAUGGAAGGGCCAAGCAAGGGGAGGGAUGGCCCCUUAGAUGAGGAUUUCCUCUUGAGUUAAACUUGGGUCUCCUGUUGGCCUUGGACUCUGGCCAGAGUUUCUCUCUGCCCUUGUAAAAAUGAGGGUAAACGGAAGAUUUGAAGAAUGGGGGUGGGAGGGGGUGACCCUUAGUGAUUGAGGCAGGUUGGCAUAGAACGUGAAGGGGGUGGAAGGUGGAAUUUUCAACUUACCCUUUUCACAGUGAUGUGCCAGUCCAAGGAUUUACAGGGCAGCCUGAGUGUGGCAGGGUACACACGCGGAGGGGGUUAAGACAAGCUGUGUAAACAGUUUGCCUGCAGGGGUGGGCUGCAAAACAGACUUCCUCUCCAAGACAUGGGCCUAUGGGGUUUCCACACGCCAGGUGAGCGGCUUCCAUCAGGACUUUAUAUUAGCAGGGAAGAAAAGGACUCUCCUGCCCUUCCUGCUUAGACUCAGGAGGGCCUGCAGCUUCCCUGGCCUGAAAAUUCACACUUUGUGAUGACAGAGGUGCCAUUAGUUUUAAACAAAGGACCUUCCAACCCUCCUUUUUAUUUCUUGUUCUUUCCUACAGGACCUCUCCGUUCAUGCUUUUCAUCUGUGCCUGUCUUAUUUCGUGUAAGAUUUGCUCCCACCUCCUCCCAAGGUUUACCUUUCUUGGUUUAACAACUUAACUAGCUACAGACAGAUUAUGACAUACUUUUAAAAGAAAAAAAUGAGCAACUCAUCUCUUCCCUUUAAAAAUAUGACAUACUUUAGAGAGAGAAAAAAAACCUAGCAACUCCUCUCUCUCUUUCCUUUAAAAAUACUCAGCAUUAAAUCCCAAGCCCUAUUUAAAGACAUGAGAGCUGAAGAUGACAGGUUCUUUCGCAGGGCUGUGUGCUAGCUCUGUGUUACAGUUCAAAGGCUGAUGCCCAUUGGGGUCCUGGGGAUCCCUGUAGGCAGAGGUGGUUUAGGGGUGCUUGUUUUUCAUGUGUAAGGAAGAACAGGACAAAAGGAAGGGCUGGCACUGCUGAGGGAUCUGGGGGAGAUGGAGGGGUCCUGCUGUCAGCCCAAGCUAACCAGCAAGGAGAGGUAAACUGUCUUCAAAAUACAACCUCACCGAGGCUUCCAUCCACAGAUGUGUGUGUGUGUGUGUGCGCGCGCGCAUGCACGCGCAAAUGCUUUGGAGAACUAUGCUUAGGAACUACCCUAAAGUGGUAGGAGUGAAAAAGAGAAUUGGUUGACCUUCCCUUUUCCAUCCUGAUAUCUCAGGUAACCUGCCGAAUGGGAGAUAAAGGAGGUAGAGCACACUUAUAACAAAUGAGACUUUCUGGGGCCAGGAAAUCCCUUUAUCCCACCACUCAGUGCUAUACAGUGAGAAAUCUUUUAAUUUCCUCCUUUUAAAUGGGCCAAUUUACUGUUGGUGGCAAAACUGCCAAAGGAAGUUGAUAGAAAGCUGGCGGCUUGCACCCUGUUCUUUGACAGCCCGGGUCCCCAUGUUAAAGUAUUGUUCCGUGUCCCUUGUUGCUGACCACUGUGGUAGCGUUAGACCAUACCAAAGCCGGAGGAGUCCAGUUCUCUUCUUUCUAUCCGUCUUUUGGCUCUGAGUUCCCUAUCAGUACUUUCUCUCCUCUCACUCUGACUAGAAUCUUUUUCAGCGUGCACUUUCACUACGUUUGAACUAUUAUAGUGUGCAGUGUGUGGCAAAGUCAGAAAGGGAAAGGCUUGUGUUUAAAAUUAUGUUGGGGAAGUCUGACUCAAUUUUGCUUUCUCCAUACUGGAACUACCCAUUCACCCACACCUGAACUGGUAGAAACGUGGCCUGUUGUCUCCAGCCUGUGAAUGGGAAAGGUAUCGCUGUGGGUAUCACCUGGGUGACAUAUCUCUGUCCUGUUUCGUCAAUCAGUUAGCAAACCCCGGCUCUAACAGAAAAGUCUGUCACUUGGCAUUUAGUAUAGUACUCCACUCAAAACUUUAUUUUUCUACGGGUUUUUUUUUUUUUUGCAACCUAUGAGUGUUUUAAAAUAAAGCCUCUAUGUCUUUAU